AUGGCCGAGAAAACAAUGCUCUACUCGGACGAGGAGAACGGACAUGUCACGCCUAUAUCCUCCAGCAUCGUCGGUCGGACUGAUGAGCUCCUGCACUCUGGAACCCAGCGCGGUCUGAAGUCUCGACAUGCCCAAAUGAUCGCCCUCGGCGGCACUAUCGGCACUGGUCUGUUUGUCGGCACAGGUCAAGCUCUUCGGAUGGGAGGACCCGCCUUCCUGCUCGCUGCAUACUGCCCAAUCACCAUCCUCGUCUUUGGAAUUGUGACGGGUGCCACGGAGAUCAGCUCCUAUCUCCCUGUCCCGGGAAGCGGCAUGGCCUAUUACGCCAAUCGAUACGUUUCGCGCAGUCUGGGCUUCGCUUUGGGCUGGAUGUAUUGGUACGUGUUUGCCAUUACGGUUCCCGCCGAGGUCACAGCAACCAGCCUUGUGAUUCAAUACUGGGACCCCCCAGUUCACAUCGCGGUGUGGAUAACGCUUACCAUCCUUGUCGUGGUCGCGGUGAACAGUUUACCAGUGAGAUACUACGGCGAGACAGAGUUCUGGUUUGCUUCCAUAAAGGUCUUUGGAAUCAUCGGACUUCUCGUCAUGGCGGUUGUUUUGGUCCUAGGUGGUGGGCCAAAACGCGACAGGCUGGGAUUUCGUUACUGGAAGGACCCAGGCCCGGUCAACGAAUAUAUUGUCGAUGGAGCCAGCGGCAGAUUGUGCGCCUUUGUUGCGACAACCGUCUUCUCGGUGUUUGCUUUCGCUUUUGCUGCACCAUCAUCUAUCUCCGCUUCCGCAAAGCCACAAAGGCUUGGACGUCAUCAUCGCGGCCCCGAGAAACCAGCUCGUAAGCACGAGAAAUGGUACCAGAAGUGGAAGGCGAUUUAUGAGUGA